UAUUAAGGGAGAUAAUCACUGCUAACGUUGAAAAUGUGGGAAAUGGACGGUGUGAGGUUUAAUGUAAUAUUCUUUUAAAUUUACUAAUCUAUUAUUAUGCAAUAAACUCCUUAGAACACAAAAUAUAUUUCGCAUCUAACUUUGUAAACGCAAGUUCAACGGAAAGUGAACGUGAUAGCACAUGGCUCAUCAAACUCCUAAAAUGCCGACGUACCCUAGGUCUGGUUGGCCGAAGGCUGGCGGUGUGAGUGGUUCACAACAUGGUUCAGCAAAAUAUGGAAACAUAACGCUCUCUCCUUCCUCAAUUACUCUCGAAAGAACCAUCAACUUAUAUCCUCUAACUAAUUAUACGUUUGGUACAAAAGAACCACUUUAUGAAAAGGACAGCUCUGUUCCUGCAAGAUUCCAACGAAUGCGAGAAGAAUUUGAAAAGAUUGGAAUGCGCCGGUCUGUAGAAGGUGUCUUGAUUGUUCAUGAGCAUGGUUUACCACACGUUCUUCUUUUGCAGUUAGGAACAACAUUUUUUAAACUGCCAGGUGGAGAAUUAAAUCCAAAUGAAGACCAAGUUGAUGGACUGAAAAGACUGCUAACUGAAUGGUUACCAAUGAGGGGAUCUACAGCACAGUCAUACAGUGACAACACGGAGGAAUCCAGGGAAAUCACGGCUAAAAAAAAAACACUUGGUCGUCAGGAUGGUGCCCCAAUGGAUUGGGUAAUUGAGGAUACAAUUGGUAACUGGUGGCGACCAAACUUUGAACCCCCACAAUAUCCUUAUGUACCAGCUCACAUAACAAAACCCAAAGAACACAAAAGACUAUUUUUAGUUCAACUUCCUGAAAAAGCUUUGUUUGCUGUGCCACGGAAUUAUAAACUUGUUGCUGCUCCUCUGUUUGAAUUAUAUGACAAUGCUGCUGGGUAUGGCCCUAUUAUUUCCAGUCUACCUCAAGCUCUAAGUCGGUUCAACUUUAUCUACAACUGAAAAAAAAAACAACCAACUCAAUUAAAUUCGUCACUGGUUCAUUUCCUCUCCAUCCAUAUCCUUUAUUUUUGUCUUCUGUGUUGGACUCAACAAACCAAGCCUCUGGUAGGGUAUUGGCCUAAAUGUUGUCACUCAUCAUAUCACAAUCAUUAUCAUCAUCAAUAAAAUACAUAAAUUCA